CUGCUUCUUUCUCCGGCGCAGCGGUUGUUUUGAUCGGAAGCCUUCGAGCUUCCGAGGUUUUGAUGCUUGAGCCGCUGGGCUCCCCAGCCGCUCAAGCAUGCUGGAGCCGGCAUGUGCUCCCUACUCCGAUGACCCUUCGGGGUUAUUCGGUUUCCUCCGAUGACCCUUCGGGGUCUAUCGGUUUCUGGGUCCUUUUCUGUUUCUUUGUUUCAGAUCUGGCGACCCUCGGCUUCCUUGUAGAUAUUGGGAGGUGCUCGCUGUUGUUCCAGUUCUGGCCACCGUCAGACUGGAUCUCUGCCGCGGCGUCCUAGAGAUCUUGCGCCAUCCCCUCCGGAGUAGUUUGAAGGGUGUCCCAUGGCUGGAUCGGUCGACCUCAGGUUGCUCGAGUGAUUUCACCUCUCUUCCUCCCAUGCAUCGGGCCUA